AUUGGAGAAGUACCCUUAAUUUUAAGUUAUCUGAGUUUGUGGUAUCGUCGGCUUUUAUUUAUUCUAAUUUACUUGUUAGAUUUAUUACUAAUUAACAAAAGGCAAAAUGCCGUACGCUAAUCAACCUACAGUGCAUAUUUCAGAACUCACAGAUGAAAACAUCAAGUUCCAAGUCGAAGACACAGAACUCAGUGUGGCCAAUAGUUUGAGAAGAGUAUUUAUUGCUGAAACACCAACUAUGGCUAUCGAUUGGGUACAAAUAGAAGCUAAUUCAACAGUUUUGAGUGAUGAAUUUUUGGCUCACAGAAUUGGAAUGGUCCCAUUAAUAAGCGAUGAUGUUGUAGAUCGGAUCCAAUAUACAAGAGACUGUCAAUGUAUGGACUUCUGCCCCGAGUGUUGUGUUGAAUUUACAUUAGAUGUGAAAUGUUCAGACGAGAAAACUAGACAUGUUACAACAUCGGACUUAAAGUCUAGUGAUCACAGAGUAGUUCCAGUUACUUCAAAGCAUCGAGAAGAUACAAAUGAAUAUGAAGAAACAGAUGAAAUUCUCAUUGUAAAGUUACGUAAGGGUCAAGAGUUAAAGCUCAGGGCUUAUGCUAAGAAAGGUUUUGGUAAAGAACAUGCUAAAUGGAAUCCUACUGCAGGAGUUAGUUUUGAGUAUGAUCCAGAUAAUGCUAUGAGACAUACUUUGUAUCCUAAACCUGAUGAGUGGCCAAAAUCAGAAUAUUCUGAAUUGGAAGAGGAUCAAUAUGAAGCUCCUUUCAAUUGGGAAGCCAAGCCAAACAAAUAUUUUUACAAUGUGGAGAGUAGUGGAGCAUUAAAGCCAGAAAACAUUGUUUUGAUGGGAGUUGCAGCAUUAAAAAACAAACUUUCUAAUUUGCAGACUCAGUUGAGUCAUGAAGUACAGAGUGAUGCUCUUAGUAUCCAUCAUUAAAUAUAAUGUAUCUAUUUUGUAAAUUUGUUUUUAUAGAUAAGACCUAUUCCGUAAUUAAAUAAAUAAAUAAUAUGCUU